AUGCAGCCGAGCCUGGCAAGCCAUGUCGGCAACGCCACGACCUGGCCACAUGCGUACCUUGCCUGCUGCAGCGCAUGGUCAGGCAACACGUGCUGGAAGUCCUGCAGCGGAUGCUGCUGCGAAGACCUGGACUUCGCCUACUUGCGCCGCGUGCUGAUGAGCCACGCGCAUGCACUGGACCGCCUGCCGAAGCCUGAGAGGCUGAAGCGUGGAGCUUGGCUCAUGCCUGAGGUCUACGUUGCCGGCUUCCACGCCACACACCACUGCAUCGACAGCACCGAAGGCUGGAUAAACUCAAAGGAGAAGUGGAUGCUGGCUGGCUGCCAGGAAUCCGCGGCCCCGGCCCCGGGCCGCUUCGAUGCUCAAGACGCUGACUGGGAAGCCUUCGGAAUGCCCAACUAUUCCAAGCUCUUGGGGAAGGAUCUUCUGCUGGGCCAGCAUCACGUGCAGAACCAUGGAGGGGCGGAGCACUGCAGCCGCGACUUCCACGAGUUCUGCAAACAAGGCUACGAUUACGUCUGCGAUACGACGGAGCCGACGCUCCAUUGGAGCAAGGACUGCGGCGUGAUGUACUACCUUUCACCUGCUGCGGGCACGGGCUGGCACACCUACAAGUACCUUCUGGGACAACCGCCAGCAGAUUGCAAGCCGGGGGAGCAUUGCGACGCUUGCGCCGACCCCCAUGGCAAGGUGGUAUGCACCGUCAAGCUUCACGGCGGCGACUGCAAGGAGGAUCUUUCAGUUGCUUCGACAGCCGGCACGUCCGCCAUGUCGGGUGCAGACCUUGACAAACUGAGCAAGACCAUCUCCUUCCUCUGA